AUGGAUUUACGGUCGGGAGUGGCCGUCUGGGUCCUGUGCGGCUUCCUCCUGCAGCAGGGGCGGGCGGAGCGGCCCCCCGGCUCCCACCUGGACGAGACGGCCAUCGCAGCAGAAUUCUGCCGCAUUGACAAGCCCUUGUGCCACGAUGAAGAUGAGCAGCUCAGCUUCGAAGCCGUCCGCAACAUCCACAAGCAGAUGGACGAUGAUGCCAAUGGCAACGUGGACGUGGAGGAGAGCGACGAGUUCUUGAGGGAGGACUUGAAUUAUCAUGACCCAACAGUCAAGCACAGCACCUUCCAUGGAGAAGACAAGCUCAUUAGCGUGGAAGAUCUCUGGAAGGCCUGGAAGACAUCUGAAGUGUAUAACUGGACAGUUGACGAGGUGGUUCAGUGGCUCAUUACCUACGUAGAGCUGCCACAGUACGAAGAGACCUUCAGAAAAUUGCAGCUGAGUGGACAUGCCAUGCCCAGGCUAGCAGUGAACAACGUUACCAUGAUGGGAAGUGUUCUGAAAAUGACAGAUCGAAGCCACAGGCAGAAGCUGCAGCUGAAAGCUCUGGACACGGUGCUGUUUGGGCCUCCUCUCUUAACUCGUCACAACCACCUGAAGGACUUCAUGCUGGUGGUGUCCAUCGUCAUCGGUGUGGGUGGCUGCUGGUUUGCCUACAUCCAGAAUCGCUAUUCAAAGGAGCACAUGAAGAAGAUGAUGAAAGACCUUGAGGGACUCCAGAGAGCUGAACAGUCUCUCCAUGACCUUCAAGAGAGGCUGCAGAAGGCUCAGGAGGAGCAUCGCUCUGUGGAGGUGGAAAAGGUGCACCUGGAGAAGAAACUGCAAGAUGAGAUCAGCAUCGCCAAGCAGGAGGCACACCGGCUCCGAGAACUGCGGGAGGGCACAGAGAAUGAACUGAGCAGGCAGAAAUACGCUGAGCAAGAACUGGAGCAGGUGCGGAUGGCUCUCAAGAACGCCGAGAAGGAGCUGGAGUCCCACUGCAGCUGGGCUGCGCCCGAGGCCCUGCAGAAGUGGCUCCAGCUGACCCACGAGGUGGAGGUCCAGUACUACAACAUCAAGAAACAGAAUGCAGAGAAGCAGCUGCUGGUGGCCAAGGAAGGGGCUGAAAAAAUUAAAAAGAAGCGAAACACCCUGUUUGGAACAUUUCAUGUUGCUCACAGCUCAUCUCUAGAUGAUGUUGAUCAUAAAAUCUUAACUGCAAAGCAAGCGCUGAGCGAAGUGACGGCUGCACUGCGGGAGCGCCUGCAUCGCUGGCAGCAGAUAGAGCUGCUCUGCGGCUUCCAGAUCGUCAACAACCCGGGCAUCCACACCCUGGCAUCAGCCCUUAACAUUGACCCCAGCUGGAUGGGCACCCCGCGCCCCAACCCCUCGCACUUCAUCAUGACUGAUGAUGUGGACGAUUUGGACGAAGAGAUCGUGUCUCCCAUGUCCAUACAAUACGCAGCCUGGCUUUUCGGGCGCAGGUUCAGUGACCGCUCGUCUCUGUCCUUGGAGGAUCAGUCCCUCUGGAAAUACCCUGCUCCUGCCUUGCCCAGCACAGUUCGCCAGCGCCUGGUGGACCCACAGCACGCCCAUGGAUCUCAGAGGUUGGUAGAGAGUUAUGUGCAAGGCCAGAAUGAGUCGGGCCAACCUGCCCAUUACCGGGCAGGCAGAGUCUCUCUCCGUCGAAUGCACAGCCUCUCCUCUGGACAGUCUUUCAGUUCCGACCUUCCCGGCACCAGCCCAUCAUCUGCUGCCACCACCACCUCUUCCACCUCUUGCUCCUCAUCCACCACCGCUGCAUCUGCUCCUGCUUGCCAUGUCCACCCUAUCUAUUACCAUCACACCACCUCCUCUUAUUUCCUCCAGAUGGACUCCAUCCCCGAUCUGCCCCCUCCUGAUGUCACCUCUGGAGUUCGCUGUCGCACUGAGAGCUUUGGAGACUUAACUCGCUGCGACUCCGACUCCUCCAUCCCGCACCUGAGCGACCACCAGCGUAUCCCCAGCUCUGCGCCCAAGCUGCUGGCUGCCCGGCCCAACCUGCUGACCAGGUCCAUCGAGGAGGGUGCCCCCGGCCACCCUGCCAUCGGCGCGCCCACCCCCAACGGCGGCAGCAGGCACGCGGAAGCCUCCGCCCUGGGGGCUUUGCCGGAGCGGCUGCCCGAGAGCCCCAUGGUGAUGAAGAAGAUGAUGAUGGUGAACCACGGCAUGGAGAAGUCCUCCAGCCUGGGGGAGAUCAGCCACCCGACAGCCGGCAAGCACAGCCACUCGGAUUCCUCCCGCUCGCACAGCCCCAGCUCCACCGACCCCGACACCCCCUCCCCCAUCUCUGACUGCCGGCCCAGCAGUGCCAAGAGCACCCGCAUCCCGCAGCUGGCUGCCAAGAAGAGCCCGGGGGACGAGGACAGCAGCUUGACAGGCGAUGAGGUUGACCUCGGCCAGAGCAAGAAAAAGUUCCCCCUAAAGAUCUUCAAGAAGCCCAAGAAGUAGA